AUGGGGCUCUACUCUAUACUUCAAGGUUGGUCCGCCGUCCUUCGCGGACAGGAAGAUGAAGUGCCGCCAUUUGUUGGAUUUGACUAUGAUCCAUUAGCUGGCCUCACCAAGACAACACCGCCACAGCCAUAUGUCUUUGCUGACAAACUGCUAAUCGGCGCAAGACGGUUAAUAUUUGCUCUUCACUAUAUUUUUGAAUUAUUUUGGUAUCGGCAGGAGGAGGAAAGAGUUAUAUUCUUGCCUGCAAAGCACUUGCAACGGAUGCGAGACAGUGCAAUGGGAGAGCUUGCAUCACAAAACAUUAGCAACGAAAAGCCGUUCGUCAGCGAGAGCGAUGUUUUACUUGCGUGGUGGACACAAGUUGUUCUACGAGCACUCAAACUUGCACCAAGGAGAAUGAUUACGAUCAGGAAUGUUUUCGAUUGCCGACCAAUUUUGACAGAACUUGGUCAUAUCCCAUCUACUGGAGGUACCCUAGUUGCUAAUGCCGCUUUUUCAACGUUCACAUUCCUCUCCGCCCGCCACAUUCUCGAAAUGCCUCUAAGCUUUGUUGCAUCUAGAAUUCGCAAGUCUCUUGAACAUCAGCGGAACCAGGAACAGCUCCAAGCACUUCUUGCAAUUCAAAAGGCCACACUUGACAACGAGCACCAUCCAACCCUAUUUGGGGACCCUAGUAUGUUUCACUUUAUGUGCUCAAACUGGGGUAAAGCUCGACUUUUCCAGGUCGACUUUUCGGCUGUAGCAGUUGGUUCAGCAUCAGGAAUACCGCUUUCCGAACGAUCCAACAAAAUCGGCAGGCCGUCCUAUGUCAAUGUCGCCGGAACCAAAACCUACUCAACCCGAAACACUGGGGUUGUAAUUGGGAAGGGUUCGGCUGGGAAUCGGUGGCUUUUAUAUACUCUACGGAGCAUGGCAUGGGCUUCUAUAGAGCAACAACUUCGGUUGUUGUCCGAGGAAGAUGGAAAUUAA